AUGAAUCACAGAGAUGUUCUUUCUUCUGAGGAUACUUCCAAACCAUUAAAGGUGUUCGAUGAAAUGUCUGGUCUAAAGAAUAUUAACCAACAAAUUAGAUGUCAGUGCAGAUUGAAGAUUUCCACAAACAUCAUCAAUCCAUUUACAACCGUUGUGAUCCAAAGAAGAGCUGAAGGCAAAAAGUUCAUUCAAAGAAAGAUAGAGACUCUUCUUUCUCAUUUAGUAACAGGACACUGUGUAGGCUUCUGCCAUCAGAUAAGCAAAAAUUGGAAUGUUGUAGAGGCUUAUUUUAUGGAUUGUUGCUUCAACUAA